GACUCCUCACUUCACCAAGACACUUUCAACGUCUUUCUCCCUCUUAAUUACUUCUACCAUAAUAUAAUCUCCUUUUAUUUUCUUAAUCUUUUGGAUUCUGCUGAAAUAUUUAAAGUUUUGGAUUCAACUUCUUGCUGUCAGAUCCGUCGAGCUCCACAGAAAAAUGAAGAAAGUAGUGUUGAAAUUGGAAUUAUACGACGAGAAGGGUAAGAAGAAAGCCAUGAGGGCCGUCUCGGGGCUUGAAGGGCUUGAUUCAAUUUCUAUAGAUAUGAAGGACAAGAAACUGACGGUCACAGGGGACAUAGAUCCAGUGGAUUUGGUGGGAAGAUUGAAGAAGCUUUGCCGGACGGAGAUAGUCUCGGUCGGACCGGCAAAGGAGGAGAAGAAGAAAGAGGAGCCAAAGAAGGAGGAAACGAAGAAGAAAGAUCCAAAGGACGAAAUGGCUGAGCUUAUCAAGGCCUACCAAGCUCAUUAUCCACCAAUGCCUGCAUAUUAUUACGUAAAAAGUUCAGAAGAGGAUCCCAAUGCAUGUGUCAUUUGCUAAAUGGUUGGCAAAAUUUAGUUGAUGUGUUUAUCAAGAAGAGAAAUCAAAUGUACAGUGCGUAAAAUUGGGAUAAACUUUGGUUAAAAAAAUGUGGUUGGUCUUCCAAAAAAAGAAAAAAAAAAAAAAGAAAAAUGUGGUUGGUCUUGAAUUUUAUAUGAUCUAGAAGUCUUUGUGCUAUUUUUGAUGUGCUAUUUUGUCUUUUUAUUUUCAUAUAGUAUUUACUCGGAUAAUCAGUGAAUAAAAAUCAACUAUAUUAGCAGCUUCA